CUAAACAAAACCAUCUAGCAACUAACUCACAAAAAUCAUUCGUAGCGAAUGGUUUCUGUAACCCUGACACUUAUUGCUAAUGCUAACUAGCUAACUUACAGAUAUCCAAUAGCUGCUGGCUAUGCUACAAAUACCUUGCGUUAAUUUUGUUGAAAAAUACGCAAGAUACCAUGGUUAAUAUUUUAGCAUUUGUCCGUGACCACUGGGUGAACGUCCUUGUGCCCAUGGGUUUCGUGAUUGGAUGUUACCUUGACAGGCAACAGGACCAGAAGCUGACAGCUUUCAGGAACAAAAGUGCUUUGUUCAAGAGGGAGCUGAGGCCUGGUGAAGAGGUGACCUGGAAGUAGAGUUUCCCUCAUCUGUGGUGUGAAUGACUGAUGGGUGGUCCUCAAAUCGGAAUAUUUAGGAAGACUCUUUAUCUCUGUUUGUGUCUUGGAUCAGUCAAUAAUCUUUAAUAUUUUGAGUUGUAUCAACCAAUAAUAAACAUGCCCUUUCAUCUAAA